AUGCAGGCCUCGGCGCCGGUGCGCGGUGUGAAGGGGCUCUUUCCUUUGCUGCGCAAGAAUGCGCUCGAGUGCCUCCAGCCCCUGGAGCGGUACUAUGGGCUGAAACUGGCGCGGAUCGCGAUCGACGCGACGCUGCUCACGCAAAAGUUUUUUUAUGCGGACACGUCGCCGGCCGGGCACCUCAAAGGGUUUGCGCAUGUCAUUACCGCGCUGAAGCGCGUACGCGCGACGCCGAUCAUGGUAUUCGACCACCCCACAGCGCGCCUUCCGGAAAAGAUGCAGGAGCACAAACGGCGCUUGGACCUGCGGGCGCUGAAUGCGUUCCGGUGCAAGGUCGAAGCAUCGCGCAGUCCGCGCCUCGACGCGCUCCUGCACGCGGUCGACAUGUACGAGCAGCUGCAUCCGAUGCAGCGCUGGGACGUGAGCUUUGCGCUGUGCGGCGAGCCGGUGCGCAAAGACGACGCGCUGCUCGCCGAGCUGCUCGCCGAGGCGGCCGCCGGCUUUGGGUGCGUGCCGAGCGCGCCGGGAGGCGCGCGCGUAUGCCGCGUGCACGAGCCAUACGAGGCGGCGCACGAUCCCGAUAUACCCCUGUACACCGAGGCCAACGAGGAGCUGGACAACGAAGAGUACUACACGGAAAACCAGCCGUUUGAGCUCCCGAGCCCGGCGCGGCUCUGGAGCAAGCACCGGGUCGUGGCGGCGGUACGUGCGCUGCGCGCGGCCUCGUACGAGGAGCGCCAAACGCUCACCGAGUCCAUGACCGAGUCCGCGACCCAGCGCACCUACCGCUGGGUCGAGGAGAAUAUCUACCGCUCGCUGCAGUUGAACCGCGUCGGGGACGACGGGCGGCUCUUUGUCUAUCUGCCCGAACGUUUGCAGAACGUCUUGCCGUCGUACGCCGCGGCGUGGCUCCGCAAGAAGAGCGCCGACCUCCUUGCGUCGUACCUUGCGCGGACGCGCGUGCCGGCGCCGGAAAUGUAUACCCAGUGCAUCGAGCUGUGCCGCAUGCUCGACGUGCCCGUCUUUGUCGUCGGCGACGGCUCGCCGACCGGCGGCGAGGUGCUGCACGAGGCCGAGGCGUUUGCCAGCUCUCUCGUCGCACAGGGCUUUGCGGACAUGGUCGCAAGCGAAGACAGCGACGUCUUGCUCUACCACGUCCCUCUGCUGCGUGGGCUCGGCAGUCAAGUCUAUCCGUGCGAGCUGAUCGACGCGGAGCGCAUGCGCGCCGCCCUCUUUCCGGACGACUCGGAAAAGCGGCGCCGCGCAAAGCUGCACCAGCUCGCACUGCUGUGCGGCACCGACUUUAACCGCUCCGUGCCGCUCCUCGGGCCGGUCAGUGCCUACCGCGAGCUUAGGUUUUUCGGCUCGAUCGAGCGCAUCCUUGCAAGGACCAAGUUCCGGCCGCCGGGAGGGCUGACGCGCGCGCAAUACCUCGCCGAGCUCCAGCCUGCACUGCACGUCUUUGAGCAUCCCCCGGACGUCGCGGCGCUCGCGCAGAAUGCGGGCCUCGUGCCGACCGCGCCGAGCGGCGCCUUUGCGCCGGCCUGGGCCAAGUUUCUGCGCACGUAUCCCACGCCGGUCCCGGCGCCCGCCGCAUUCGAUCCGAGCGAGACGAUCGCCUACUUUGCCGCGCACGGCGUCGAAAAGCCGGAGCUCGACCGGGUGAUUCGGCCUACAAAAUGGUAG